UGUGUUUCCUCCGUCUUGGCUGAUCUUUCUCGUUAAUCUCACAGAUCUACCUACUGUACUAUUUAUUUAUGGAAAGGAAAUUUUGAAAGGGCUAAACCUUUGGGAAGGACAUGGGGUUUGGAUUUGACAGCUCCACCACAUCACAUCAAAUCCAUCUGACUACUACAGAUGAAGACACAGCCCAGACAGAGACAGUGUUGCGGUGUGAGCUACAGGAGCUCUGAUAUCUGUUUACAGUGGAGAGGAGUUGGUCUGGAUAUCUGUGAUUUCGAACUAAGAAUGAAGAUCCUGUUCAUCUUCACCCUCUAUCUGGUCUCAGAGACAGGAGAAUCCAAAAAUGAAGUGACAGCAUAUUCAGGAGGAGGAGUCAUGAUCAAAUGCAAAUAUGAGGAAGGAUAUGAAACAAACACCAAAUAUUUCUGCAAGGGUGAAAUUACAACAUGCACUUACCAAAUUAAAACACGAGCCAAACACACAUGGGUGCAUGAAGGCAGAUUUUCUAUGUAUGAUGAUACCAGUGCUAAAGUCUUCUGGCUGGUAAUGAGAAACCUCACUGUGGAGGAUUCUGGAUCCUACCAGUGUGGAGUGGAUGUAAAGGUAUGGAUAGACAUGUACAACCCAGUGGAACUGAAAGUAAAGAAAGAUCUAUACUAUGUGAAGACCAUUAAUAAGGUUGGCUAUGUAGGAGGAUCUGUGAAUAUUAGCUGCAAUUACCCAGAAUACCACAACAGUGAACCCAAAUUUCUCUGCAAGAGCAUGGACACUGCUGUUUGUACUUAUGAAAUAUCAGUUAAAGAAAGUGGAAGAUGGAUAAAUGAGGGACGCAUGUCUCUAUAUGAAAACAGAACAGCACAAAUCCUGACUGUGACCAUCAGAGACAUGACAGAGCACGACUCUGGUACAUACUGGUGUGGAGCUGAAUCAGACUGGGAAUCUGAUCAUGGAUACAAGGCUUAUAUUAUACAGAUCUACCUGAGAGUGACUGUAUUUCCAGGGCUGGCUGUGUACUUCUCUAUUGGUGCUGGUUUAGUGUUGGUAACUGCUGGUGUGAUUAUAGCAAUCUACUGCAGAAUAAAGAAAAAAGACCCCGAGACAGUGAGACAGUCUAGAGAGACAAAUGAAGAUUAUGCAAAUAUCUCAUCUUUUAUUGCUUUCCAACAAAGAAAAAAUAGAAAUCAAUCAGAAUCUGUCUAUGAGAAUUUUGGAUCCAAAGUCAACACUUAAGAUUCCGUGCAAGAAAAGCUGAGCCCAGAGACUAACUGUAUCUGUCAGCAUCUGUAUCACACCACCAAUCAAAUAUGUUAUGCUGUCCAUAGUCUACAGAAAGUGGGUCUUUUAGUUACAAGUUUCAGAGAAUGUCCUACAUUUAUCUACUGUUCAUCUGUGUAAGUGUACACCUGUGUGCCUGUACAUACUGGUUCUUUGACUGACUUAUGUAAGCAUUGCAUUACUGUACUUAAUUUCAAAGGAAAGUAAUUACAUUACAGCAAUAAACCCUAUUACAUGUACCAUCUGUAUAUAGAGGUAAAGUAUUCAAAUUAACCAAAUAAGAGACAGUAUGAUUUUGUUCAUUACAUAUCUAAAUGACAGUGCUUCUCACCAUGGUCAGCUCCAUAGCAACACUGACAACACAACUGAUUCCAUCUUUGACUCAAUAUUCAAUCAGCCUCUGUGUGAGGAAGCAUUUAGUACCCUGAGCCAGAAUCCCUCACAGGAUGCCUGAGAAUUAAAGGUUUAUAAAAUCUUUAUAUUAAUAAUAUUUAAUGUGUUCAGUAUUUGUUGAAGCUUAUGGAGCAUGUUGUUCCUAAAUUCUCAAUCUGCAAAUUAUAAAGUUAGAAAGUAAAGAUGCAGACUUCAGAAUUAGUUGAAGAGAAUAGCUGGUCCUGUGCUUUAUUGCAAGUUAAACAUGUAUUUGAGGCAUCCUCUGGAGAAAGUCUGGGGGGUAGCGGUUUUAACUUGUAACAGUUUUAACACUUUAAUAAACUGUCAGUCACAGUUAAGGUUAAUUGGGGCACCACCUUGAUUAACAGUGAAAAUUGAGGGGAUGGUUUAUAGUCUGUGAGGGUCUGAAUGCCAUGUGCAUUGUGGUCAGAGUUGUGAAAGUCCUCCUCAACAGAGAGUUUGUGGGUGUGUCUGGCUCUACUAAUGCCUUUUUUCAGAUCUGCCCUGGCUGUAGGCCUCAGCAUCACCAGAUCUAAAAGUGGCGUCAUGUGCCUUCAGCAGUAGGCAAACUUCACAUUCAUCCAGGGCUUCUGAUUAGGAAAGAUUUUCACAUGCUUGACAGAGGAGACAUACACAUGCUAAUAUAAUGCAUGACAGCUUACCUGUAUGUGUCCAGGCAUGUGUGUUUGAGUCCAUAAUGGCUUGUGAAGAUAACAUACUGCAAUCAGUGUCUUGAAACUAAUGCUGUAGGGAGGAGACAGCACCUUCUGACCACCCUUUAACUGUCUGUUGAACAACAAAUGAUAUAAAAAAAAAAUAUCAGUAAUAUAA